AUGUUGUCUGGCCACGCGUCCACCACACAGCCAGCAUGUCUCGGUUUUUGUGGCCGAACCCUCCUCCUCGGAAACCAUUCAGAAGACGUGGCGACGGCGACGUCGACUUCUGAUUCAACGUUCUCAAGGUGUGGACCAUGCUCGUUUGGGUAUCGGAGCAAUGCUGCUUCCAUCUGCGAGUCAUGCGACAAUCCAUUACAACCGUACGACUGGAUGUACCUGUUAUUUGUUGCCCUCCUCCCAUUGCUUCUUCAUAUGCAAUUCAUUCGAACCGCCAGAAAAUACUGUCGAACCCGCUACUACGAGGUAUCCGAAUACCUGUGUGUCGUGUUGGAGAACGUCAUCGCAUGUGUCAUCGCAGUGCUCAUCUACCCACCUCAAUUCUCAUUCUUCCUCAAUGGAUGUGAGAAGACUGGAAUAAAAGAAUGGUAUCCGGCGUGUUACAAUCCAAGAAUAGGAUACACGAAGACAAUGCGAUGUACUUAUGAAGUUGUUUUUCCAUUAUAUUCGAUCACAUUUAUUCACCACAUAAUCUUGAUAGCUGCGAUUCUUAUUCUACGAUCCACGUUGUACUGUGUGCUCCUUUACAAAGCGUACAACGGGAAGCCAUUCUACUCUGCUAUUGUUUCGGUGCCACUUUUAGCUGUGAUUCAUUCAAUUUUCUCCGGCGUAAUAUUCUACUCAUUCCCCUACAUUCUUCUCAUCGGUUCGCUUUGGGCAAUGUGCUUACACCUCGCAUUGGAAGGGAAACGACCAUUGAAAGAAAUGAUUGUGCGCCUCGUUACGUCACCAACACAUUGGGUGUUCUUAUCGAUCACAAUGUUGAUGCUGUCAUUUGGAGUCAUUGCACUAAUAACUCCACUAGAAAUAGCAUAUCGAUGGACACUCCUCUGUGUGGUGCCGGUGCCAUUCAUCUUCUACUUGCUAACAAUUCCAUUCAGUAAUCCAACGACGACGAUGCGUCUCAGCUAG